AUGGAAGCAGUUAAGGACGUGACGGAGACAGUGGACCUGGGUGCACUCCUGGACGCCGGGGACGACGCCAUGGUGACACUCGAGGCAGGUGACACUCGGCUGGUGGCGCACAGGGCCGUCCUGGCGGACAGGAGCCCUGUGUUCGCGGCCAUGUUCGCGCACGACACCCUCGAGACUAGCACCGGCGCGGUGAGCAUCCCGGACGUGGGGGGCCCGGUGCUGAGGCAGCUGGUCUCCUACCUGUACACCCUGCAGGCCCCCCAGCUGCCCGGCACGGCCCCCCAGCUGCUGGCCGCAGCGGAUAAGUACGGGGUGUCGCGGCUGAAGGCGGAGUGCGAGCGGCAGGUGGCCGCUCAGCUGACUGUCGAGACCGCGGCGGCCGCAGCCGUACUCGCAGUCCGCCACUCCUGCAGUGACCCCAAGCACGCUGCACUGGCAUUCAUUAAGACCUGUCCGUUCGAGGUGAUGGCCACUCAGGGGUGGGCAGAUGCGAUGCGGAAGCAGCCGGAAGACUUGAUCGAAGUGAGCCGGUUGCUGUACGAUCCACCACCAAAAAGCAGCGCACCAGUCGUUACAGAGCUGAGUACCACAACCAGAACCACCACCACCUCCGGCGCUGCCGCUGCCGCCAACUCUGCCAGCGCACCUCGCCAGACACCUGCUGCUGCGCGGCCCACGACUCCUCCACCUGAUGAGGCAACUGUCUCUCGAAUGCGACGAGAUGAGAUGGUGGCACACGACUGCCCCUCAGAUCCACCGACACCGCCCUCAGUGGAAAACUGCUCAGGGGGUGGGCGUAACAGACAUUCGGUGAAGGCCAGAGUCAAUGCAAAUCGCAAGAAAAGUAAAAAGAAAGGGUCUAAUGCAAACCGGGACGGUGGUCUCCAGUCAGAUUCUCAGGAAGUGUCCGGCAUGGAGUGGCAUGAAAUGAAAUGA